UAGGCCCAAUCAUAUCUCGUCUCUCUUCGCCGCCGCUGUCUCCCUCUCGGUACGUCGUGAACCUGAAUUGAUGAUUUACACGGCGAUCGACAACUUCUACCUGACGGAAGAGCAGCUAAAGACUUCACCUUCAAGGAAAGAUGGGAUAGAUGAAGCAACCGAAGUGGCAUUUAGAAUCUAUGGAUGUGAUUGUGAUGUCAUCCAGGAAGUGAAUCUAUAGACGACCACAAGCAGUUAAUUAUGGCUACUGGGCAGGUUCUAGUGCAAGAAGUCUCUUUCCAAAUUUGAUGUUAAGAUUGUAGCUGCGAGCUGUGUCUGGCUUGCAUCAAAACUGGAAGAGAACCCAAAAAGGCAAGACGGGUCGCAGGGAGAAGUACUUACCUAUAGAUCAUCUUGAUUUGUUUUCCAAAAGUACUCUGAGGUGAAAGUUGAGUUAAGCAGAACUGAGAGACAUAUACUUAAUGAUGGGUUUUGUAUGCCAUGUUGAACAUCCUCACAAGUUCAUUUCAAACUACCUCCUGAACUUUUAGGCAAGAAGCUUGGAACCUGGGUAAAUGAUGAUAGACCCAUCUCUAUUUCUUCCUCCUAGGGACUGUGAUUGUAAAAGCAUGGAUGAGGAAUUGACAAGAUACGCUGCAACAAGAAUCAAAGAAUACAUGAAUAACAACAGGAGCAAGGAUGAAAUUGUGAGGAUUCUAUACCAACAACAUGCAAUCCCAGUUUACUUGACCCUGCAAGCUUGGGAUCAAACUGAAAUCGAAUCUUCAGGUAUCUUUCAGGAGUAUUUUGUCCAAUCACUGUUGAACCCCGAUGCAGAAACGACUGAUCAAGGACCUACUCAAAUCGCACCAACUUCAAUGGGGACUGCUGGGAGAGAUACUGGUGCAUCAUCAUCAUUCUUGCGUGUUCCUCCUCCAACUGGUGAUGCCCUAAUCCCUGUGCAGCAGGCAGUUUCUUCCGGAACUGCUCAAAAUGUCCCGAUAGUUACUAGUGCACAAGUUCCUCCACUUACUGUACUAACGAGAACUGCUCAAAAUGUCCCGAGGGAUACUCGUGCAUCAUCAUCAUCGCAAGUUCCUCCCGAAACUGCCAAUGCUCCUGUGCAGCAACCACUUUCUCCCAAAACUGAAAUUUUGAUGAAGAUCUUCUCUACCUUGGUUGAGAUGAAGACUAAACACAAGACCAGAUGCUCCAUCUAAUGUCCGAGGGACGUAAGAGAACCCGAGAUGAGCAGGACCACACUCAACAAGAAUCACCGGACUCGAGAAGUCAGCGACGUGACUGAGACACCAGAUUCUCUAAAGUUAACUGAUUGCAGAGACUUAUUGUUGCUACGAUGUUUGUUUACUCUCUUAAUCUCAUCUGUGUUGCUAUGAUGCUGAAUACUUAAUCUUAUCUAUGUUGUUAUGAUGCUGACUCUUUAAUCUCACAAAUGUUGUUGUGAUGCUUCUUACUCUUUAAUCUCAGCUAAGUCAGUUUAAAAAAAAAACAUUUUAUAUGUUUUCUUGUUGGGUGUCUCAACGCUUUCUAUUGUUCGGCUCAAACCUGAAACUUUUGAGCCAAGACUUCCAGUUCCCACUCUUCUACCAUCGUUCUGUGCUUCUAACUUCUUAGACAGAGUGAAGUUCCUCGAUCCGGUUGACUAGAGCUUUCAAUAUAAUUCUUGAUUCAUUUAUGUCUCCUCUCAAAUUGUGGCUCCUCCUCCUUGAGCUCAUUGCACAAGGACCUCAAACAAUGCCGCUUCUGUGCACUGCAAACUCCUAAAACACAUGUGAAAUGCUGGACGAACCAAACACUAACAUCAAGAACGUGGGUAUGUAUGUGUGAGAAAUGCUGGACUAACCAAACGCUAACAUAAAGCUCAAAUGUCACAAUGGUGUGAUUUUUCCUUAAAACAUUUGUAUUGUUGAAUCUAUAGACCACAAGCAGUUAUGGCUACUGGGCAGGUUUUUUCCACAGGUUCUAGUGCAAGAAGUCUCUUUCCAAAUUUGAUGUUAAGAUUGUAGCUGCGAGCUGUGUCUGGCUUGAGUGUCGCAGGGAGAAGUACUUACCUAUAGAUCAUCUUGAUUUGUUUUCCAAGUUUAGUAUCUCUACUUGCAUUGUUACAUGACCAAUUGCAUAUUUGUCAUCUUGGAUGUUUUUCAUGUCUAUUGGCUACUGCAUACUGAAACAGCUUUUUUUUUUUUGAAAUGAUGAGUUUUGUAUGCCAUGUUGAACAUCCUCACAAGUUCAUUUCAAACUACCUGGCCACACUUGAAACACCUCCUGAACUGAGACAAGAAGCUUGGAACUUGGCUAAUGAUAGUCUGCGUACAACCCUUUGUGUAAGGUUCAGAAGUGAAGUUGUGGCUUGUGGGGUCGUGUAUGCCGCUGCCCGCAGGUUUCAAGUGCCUCUCCCAGAGAAUCCACCCUGGUGGAAAGCAUUUGAUGCAGAUAAAUCUGGUAUUGACCAAGUGUGUAGCGUUCUUGCUCAUCUAUACAGUCUUCCAAAGGCUCAGUAUAUCUCAGUUUGCAAGGACGGGAAGACAUUUACAUUUUCCAGUAGAUCCGGGAAUCCUCAAGCUCAAUCAGCUACAAAGGAUGUUUUACCGGCAGGCGGCGAUGCUGGUGAUACCAAGGGUUCAGCUGUAAACGAGUUUAAGGAUGAAGUGAUUACUACACCUCAUGAAAAGGCUACAAAUUCGAAGAAGAGGGAAGCUGAGUCAAACAGUCUGCCAAUUGUCGGAGACUCGAGGGAGAAGAAAAGUUAAGUAGGAGGAGAGAGUGAUAGGGAGAAGGAACGAGGUAGAGAGAGGGACAGGGCUAGGUCUUCUCACAGAGACAGAGGCAGAGAUUCUGACAAGGACAGAGAUAGACUAAAUGAUCGAAGUCACCAUCGGUCAAGAGAUAGACUGAAGGAUUUAGGUGGACCGUCAGAUAGAUCAAGACAUCACUCUUCUCGGGACCGUGACUAUCGGGAAUCCUCGCACUCAUCAAAAGACCGUCGUAGGCACAUUAAGUCAAAUCUUCUUGUCACUAAAUCUUUUUCAUCCUUUGCGACCCUUUUAACCAUUUUAAGUCUACUUGAGACGGUUGAUUGUUGAAAGUGAUGCAGAUAAGUAUUUGUAAUAUUUUCAAAUAUCUUAGGGUUUAUUUUAUUAAUUUAUAUAAUUAUUUUUAUUGUUUUA